AGAGCAGCCGGGGGGGCUCGGCACCUCUAACUUGGGAACUGUCCACCAGCGUGAGCUCCUGAACAUGAGCCGCCUCUCUCUCUACCUGCUCGGAUUGCUCCUCAGUAGCGGGCAAGCUCUUCUUCAAGUGACAAUUUCACUCAGCAAGGUAGAGCUUAGUGUGGGUGAAUCCAAAUUCUUCACGUGCACAGCAAUUGGUGAGCCAGACAGUAUAGACUGGUACAAUCCGCAAGGAGAGAAGAUUGCUUCUAAUCAAAGAGUGGUGAUUCAAAAAGAAGGUGUUAGAUCACGGCUAACUAUUUACAAUGCAAAUGUAGAAGAUGCUGGGAUAUAUCGCUGUCAAGCAACUGAUGCAAAAGGACAGACUCAAGAAGCUACUGUCGUUCUGGAAAUUUAUCAGAAACUCACUUUCCAAGACAUCAUAACCCCACAAGAAUUCAGACAAGGAGAAGAUGCUGAAGUGGUUUGCCGUGUUACUAGUUCACCUGCACCUGUUGUCAGCUGGUUAUAUCGAAAUGAGGAGGUCACAACGAUUGCUGACAAUCGAUUUGCAAUGUUAGCAAAUAACAAUCUCCAGAUUCUUAAUAUCAAUAAAAGUGAUGAAGGAAUAUAUAGAUGUGAAGGAAGAGUGGAAGCUAGAGGAGAAAUCGACUUUCGGGAUAUUACUGUUAUUGUGAACGUUCCUCCAGCAAUUACGUUGCUACAGAAGUCCUUUAAUGCCACUGCAGAUCGGGGAGAGGCAGUUACUUUAUUCUGUAGAGCCAUUGGCUCUCCUGAACCUGAAAUCAGCUGGUAUAGGAAUGGCAAGCUUAUUGGUGAAAAUGAAAAAUAUAUUUUCAGAGGAAGCAAUACAGAAUUAACUAUCCGAGAUAUCAGAAAUAUUGAUGCAGGUCCUUACAUUUGUGCAGCAAAAAAUAAAGCAGGAAAUGAUAAAAAACAGACAUUCCUCCAAGUUUUUGUACAGCCUCAGAUAAUGCAUCUUAAAAAUGAAACCACAUAUGAGAAUGGCCAAGCGACAUUGAUAUGUGAAGCAGAAGGAGAACCUGUCCCAGAAAUUACUUGGAAAAGAGCCAUCGAUGGAAUAACUUUUUCUGAAGGUGACAAGAGCCCAGAUGGCCGUAUAGAAGUCAAAGGGCAGCAUGGAAAAUCGUCACUGCAUAUUAAAGAUGUGAAGUUGUCAGAUUCAGGCAGAUAUGACUGUGAAGCUGCAAGUAGAAUUGGUGGGCAUCAAAAGAGCAUGUACCUUGAUAUUGAAUAUGCUCCAACAUUUGUGUCAAAUCACACCUUGUAUUAUUCUUGGGAAGGCAAUCCUAUCAAUAUAAGCUGUGAAGUGCUAUCUAAUCCUGUAGCUUCAGUUCACUGGAGAAGAGGAAAAUUAGUUUUACCUGCAAAAAAUACUACCCAUUUAAAGACCUAUAGUGCUGGAAGAAAGCUCAUAUUAGAGAUUGCUCCCACAUCCGACAAUGAUUUUGGGCGAUACAACUGCACAGCAACCAACAGAAUAGGAACAAGGUAUCAGGAAUAUACCCUUGGGCAAGCUGAUGUGCCAUCUAGUCCCUAUGGAGUAAGAAUUAUAGAGUUGUCACAGACUAUUGCCAAAAUCUCUUUCAAUAAGCCGGAUUCACAUGGAGGUGUGCCCAUUCAUCAUUACCAAGUGGAUGUGAAAGAAGUAGCUUCAGAAACAUGGAAAAUAGUGCGCUCCCAUGGAGUUCAAACAAUGGUAAUUCUAAGCAAUCUGGAACCAAACACAACGUAUGAAAUCAAGGUUGCAGCUGUAAAUGGAAAAGGACAAGGAGAAUACAGCAAAAUUGAGAUCUUUCAGACUCUACCCGUUCGCGAGCCAAGCCCUCCAUCAAUUCAUGGACAACCAGGCAGUGGAAAGAGCUUUAAACUUAGCAUAACUAAACAGGAUGAUGGAGGAGCCCCCAUAUUGGAAUAUAUCGUGAAAUACAGAAGUAAAGAUAAGGAAGAUCAGUGGCUAGAGAAAAAAGUACAGGGUAGCAGAGACCACAUAAUCUUAGAGCAUCUUCAAUGGACCAUGGGUUAUGAAGUGCAAAUUACUGCUGCCAAUAGACUGGGUUAUUCUGAACCAACAUUGUAUGAGUUCAGCAUGCCACCAAAGCCCAACAUUAUUACUGACACCCUUUUUAAUGGUCUUGGGCUCGGUGCUGUCAUUGGCCUAGGAGUAGCAGCCCUUUUGUUAAUCCUUGUUGUGACUGAUGUCAGCUGCUUCUUCGUACGGCAAUGUGGAUUACUAAUGUGCAUCACCAGGAGAAUUUGUGGGAAAAAGAGUGGCUCCAGUGGGAAGAGUAAAGAACUAGAAGAAGGCAAAGCUGCAUAUCUGAAAGAUGGAUCAAAAGAGCCGAUAGUGGAAAUGAGAACAGAGGAUGAAAGAAUUACCAAUCAUGAAGACGGGAGUCCAGUAAAUGAGCCAAAUGAAACCACACCACUCACAGAACCUGAGAAACUGCCACUAAAAGAAGAAAAUGGGAAAGAAGCUUUAAAUCCAGAAACUAUAGAAAUCAAAGUUUCUAAUGACAUCAUCCAGUCAAAAGAAGAUGAUAGCAAAGCAUAGAAAGAUGACUACAGCUGUCGGGGGGAAAAAAGCAUUUGGAUUGGAGUAACCCUGUGACCAAAACUCUACAGCUGACCUUAAUUUCUUGGGCAACUUAAGCUUGGAAUAGUUAGUACACCUGUACAUAGGAUCAAAGUACUUCUGUCUACAGUACCUCUCUAUUUUGUUUUGUUAAUGUUUUAGUAUGUAGUUCUGGCUGACCACAGUCCCUUGGUAUCAAUCUGAAUCUGCAAAAAAGUAUGGUAAUUUAUUAUAUUACAAAAAUGAUCUAUUUAUAAAAACACUUUUACCAAGUUACCCCCAGCCACAGACAACGCAACAAAUAGCUCCACAUCCUACAAAUCAAGCUAAAUACAUGAAAGAAAGUGCCAUGUACUCCUGUAUUUAUUUUCAUUGGUAAUAGAGCAGAGGGUUUAGGUGGGCUUUAAAAGAAGGGGAAAAACAAACAAUCUCAGUUAGAAACUUGAGACAGAGGGCUGGCAAAGGCUGAGUAGCCACCUCUGCUGCUUUUUGUCCUUUGACACAAAACAGAAACACUGACUAUUAGAUGGGAAGAGACCUGCACAUUGGUUCUUAAAUAUAUUACAAGGCUAAUAAAUAUGAUGUACAGAUUUAAAAUAAAUAUGGUUCAAUAUUUUUUAGAAAAAAAAAGGCCUCAUCUGGACUACAUGAAUGUUUGACCCUGAAAGGCUACUGGAUUUUCAGAUAUUCUGUGUUAAUGUUUGAGAGAUCAUGUGUGAAUUAAAAUGUGGAAACAUAUUUUGUGUGUGAGAAGAACACUGAUUUAUGAUAAUAGCUUUUGGCUUCAAAUGAAAUCUUAAAAUAAACAUGAACUCAAAUUAGUUGCCUCCAUGUACUUAUAAAUAUAUAUCAUUCCUUCUUUUAACCACCUAGUCAAGGAAUAAAGUGUUGCAUUGCAGUAUAACAAAGGAGUUGUUCACCUCCAUCUUGUAGGCAUGUUGUUAAUCAGUUGUCCUUUAAGCAGCACUUGUUUUGUAGCUUAGAAUUAAUAAUUGCAUAUCCUUUGUAUUAAAAAAAAACACAUCAAGAAAGGAGGAAGAGAAGAACUUUGACAACAUGGGUUAAGAACAUUAUAAAACUGCUAAAUUUGCAGUAUACAAUAGGCUAAAUAUUUUGAGCUUCACAGUCCAAGACAAGCACUCUUACUUAUACCAGCUGUGAAAGUUAUAAGCUAUUAUGAUCAGAUAAUUUACAACUUUGGUGAAAAAUUAAUCCUCUUCUAUUGAUGAUUGCUUUUACAUUAUUACCAGUUGGAGGAAUAAUAUUUUGUGCUUAAUCCAGACUUCAGUAUCCAUCACCUUUUACACUAAUCAGGAGCUGACUGUGGAAGAGGCAGAUCUAUUCAGUGAACAAACACUAUCUAAAAUAUCUGUUCCUCAGGGGCUGAGUUGUGGAUCAUACCAUUGCAGAACUUCUCCACAUCUGAAUAUAGACCUGUUUUAUGAAUUUUAGCUCUAAUCAGUGGGUGACACCCACAUAGCCCACCUCUAUAGUUGGUUCAUGGAUAUAGAAUUUUGACUAUUCAUUUUCCCAGGUGAAGGUCAUGCAACUUUUAAUUGAUAUGUGGGUGAUUACGGCAAGUCAGAUGAUUUUGUGGCCAAACAGACUACAAUCAUGUUUGGGAAAUUAACUGGAAUUUGGGAGAAUGAUUAUUUAACCUCCCUAUUGGUUCAAUCACUGAUGUGUUUAGGGGAGCAUCUGCUGGCAUCCUUUCCUUAGGUUGCUUCUAAAACUGAUGUAUUACCCAAAGACGACCCAAAAAUUUUUUAGUUUUUUUUUUCCUUAAAAUACUCCUAGGUGGCCAUCUAGUGGAGAAUGCAUAAUGAGCCAAGAAGCCAGUGCAGACAAUAGGGAUGGUUGGAGAAGAGGGUUAAAAGAGAAUCACGAGACAAGAAAGGGAUAAUUGAGGAAUAGGGCAACUGUGAAAGAUGCACUAUGAUUCUGCUGCAAGUCUCUCACUUUUAAUGCUAACCCAAGGCCUCAAGGUCAAGGAAAGCUGAAGGGGGUACUCCUCAGAAUCCUGCCUUGUUGCUGCGGUGCACUGAGCAGGUAGAAACACAAUUAAUAGACAGCCACUUGCCUGCUAAUUUUCUCCUUCAUUUCUUUCUGGAAGUGAGUAGUCAAUGAGAAUCCGGAGGAAGCUGAGUGGGACUGGCCCCUAGCUUGUAAUUGACAGAGCCACUCCUCAUACAGAACACAGUAGGGAUGUAAACUCCCAUUUAAUUGGUUAACCAAUUAUGGGGAGGUGGAGUGAGGGAGCUGCUCCAGUCCAGCUAGUCUGGAAUGUUCCCCACCCCCAAACACCACUUGGCUGGAGUGGCCCCAGCGCCGCGGCUCCUCUGGAUGCAGCAGCAACCUCUCCCUGCACGGUGUGUGGGCCUGCUAUAGACAGCAGUUGUUCUGGACAACAGAGCAUCCCCUGUCUAUGCUGGGUUCUCUGUGGUCUUGGAGCAGUCCCCUGUCAGUGGCAGGCUGGGAGCUGCUCCAGCCCCACCAGUUAACCCAGUUAAUCAUUCACAUUCCUACCAUGCAGUGAAAGUUUCUCCUACUGGAAAAAUACUCAGAGCCAGAGUCCUCCUCCAUUGAUGUCCUUUUUUGUGUGUGUAAGCUAGAAACCAAGUAGUAUCCUGAACAAUUCAGGUAGCUUGAGGUAAAAGGAGAGGAAACAAGAUUUGAGCAAUUGUAGAAGAGAAGGUUGGGGUAGAGAGGAAAACAGUUAAUCUCACUUGGACAUGAUGGCUACAUCUAGACUGUCAUGAUUUUCCGCAAAUGCUUUUAACGGAAGCACUUUUUGCAGAAAAGCAUC